AUGGGGAAGAAAUUCUUUCCAUCACGACCUCGAGCAUACACGGCCGAUACCGGUGUUGGUUCCACUGGAGAUGGAACAGCUGACUCUCUGCAGGCGAACCAGAGCUGGCCAGUUGGCAGUGCAAAGGAAUCAAGACGCAAGAUCGUUAAGACAGUGCGGCCUCAUCAACAGGACAUCCACCCCCCAGAAACCUUAGACGAAUAUAGCUCUUCACUCCCUCACGGGUCUCCCCUCCAUUUUGCAUCCGUGAACGCAUCACGGGAUGAUCAGAGGAUAGGUGUCGCUUCCGCCAAUCCGUCGACGGAACCGGUCAAUGACACAUGGGCGGAUAUCUCCAGCAUGAGUCCCCUAACGUUGGACGAAGACGUCCACGGCAAGAAUUACAGUUCACUGAAGCGUAAACCAAGCAAAUGGAAGAAAUUCGGUGGGCUAUUCAAGUCAAAAAGUCCAGAAUCCCCGCCUCGCGUGCCAUUUUACGAGGUUAGGGUAAACGACCGUCAGCUGCAAACGUUGGAUAGCUCGGAGUACGUGCCUGAUAUGCAGCUACUACGGAGGAAGCCAAUUAUACCCGAAGCUCGACCGUGGCCUGCGCGAUCGCAGUCGCUUCCACGUCAUGGGGAGUUUCCGUCGAUGGUGAUCGACGUUGGCCACAGCAAUCCCGCAGAGACAGGCGCUUGGGCAGCGGGAGAUCAAGAGAAAUACCACCAACGGGGGCCUUGGCCUCAGACACCUUUGGAGACCACAGAAUCUCAGCCAGAUGGAUCCACCUCUAAUGCUCCGCUUCUCAAUGUUCAUAUUCCUGAUGUUGGGAUGGAACGUUAUAGCGUCAUGUUUGGUUCGAUACAUGACACAAAAAUAGGAUCAAACUUGCUUUCUCGUCGAAGCAAGAACCUCGAUAACCUCACAAACCCAGCCACGGUGGUAUGUACUCCUUUCCAACUCCACCUUAAAUGCAUGAUUACUUAUUUCUCAGCAGAAAGCGAUGCAGAACGAUCUUGCCAGACCAAGGCGUGCUACUUCCCCUGGGCCAUCAAAGUCUCCUACUUUUACACUGUUCCCAGCAACACCCACCAAUAA